AUGGCAACAGUAAAACCUAUUAACACAACUUCAAUACAUAGAAUUUGCUCGAGUCAAGUCAUUUUAGAUUUAGCUACAGCUGUAAAAGAGCUUGUGGAAAAUGGUCUCGAUGCCCAAGCCAAAACAAUCGAAAUUAGGUUUAAAGAGUAUGGUAUGCAGUCGAUAGAGGUUAUUGACGACGGUACAGGAAUAGAUCAACAUAAUUUCGAACAACUUGCUCUUAAACACAGCACUUCUAAACUUUCUAGCUUUGAGGAUUUGAUAAAACUCGAUUCUUUUGGCUUUAGAGGCGAAGCACUAAGUUCUCUCUGUGCCCUAUCAAAAGUCAUGAUUUUGACUUGUACACAGGAGGAGGCUCCCACUGGGUUUAAAUUGGAAUUUGAUUCUCUUGGAAAACUCAUUAAAAAGACUCCUAUAGCUCGUGAGCGAGGCACAACAGUGAUUUUACAAGGUCUGUUUGAAUCAAUUCCUGUUCGGCAUCAAGAAUUUAAAAAGAACAUAAAACGGGAAUUUGGUAAAACAUUGACAUUACUACAAGCCUAUGCCAUAAUCUGUCAAAAUUUGAAAAUCACUUGUUCAAAUCAACUUAAUAAGGGCACAAGAACUGUAGUUCUCAGUACCAAUGGGAAUAGUAACAUUCGAGAUAACAUUGCUAAUUUAUUCAGCGCUAAAACAUUAACGCAAAUUAUGCCAUUUGAUUUUAAUAUCAAAGUGACACCGGCAAAACUAAAAAUGUCAGUAGACUCUGAAAAUCAGUCUGAGAGUGAUGUAUAUCCUAUACAUAUUAUUGGAUACAUAUCGAAGCCGAUAAAAGGCUUUGGUCGAGGAUGUUCUGACAGACAGUUCUAUUUCAUUAACAGCCGACCUUGCAUUUUACCAAAGGUUGCUAAAACUAUUAAUGAAUUUUAUAAAAGUUUUAACACAAAUCAAUAUCCAUUUUGUGUUGUCAAUUUUCGGCUUGAAAAAUGCUAUUAUGAUGUUAAUGUCACUCCUGAUAAAAGGACUAUUUUUAUUCAUAAUGAAAACGGAAUCCUUGAGCAGUUGAAGAACGAAAUGAGCAAUGUUUUUGAACCAUUCCGUUCAACUUUUACGUGCCUUAAUACAGAAGGUAUAAAAUUUUCUACAAAAGAAAACGGCCCUAAUGAACUUAAUAACAUAAAUGUUGGUAAUACGAAGAUUGAAUUUAAAGCAACUUCACAAAAGGAAAUGAACAAUGCUUUUACGUUUACGUGCCUUAAUACUGAAGGUAUGAAAAAAUUGUCUACAAAUGAAAAUGGAUCUAAUGAGCUUAAUAACAUAGAUAAUGAAGCUGCUGAACAAGAACUAAAUAAGGUUAUUAAGAAAGAUGACUUUGCGAUAAUGGAAUUUAAAACAACUUCACAAAAGGAAAUGAACAAUGCUUUUGAACCAUUUCACUCAACUUUUACGUGCCUUAAUACUGAAG